UCGCUGAGAAAUAAUGAAAAUUGAACCAGGAAGAAACUUGUUUCUGCAUCUGGUCGAUAAACUCCUCGACAAUGUGAAAGCAGGGAAAAUGAAGUCAAGAGGCUGAGGGGUGGACUUGUAACCUUGGACAGGCAGAAAGGGGGCUGCAGUUGCAGGGCUGGAGUAGGGUGUGAACGCCUCGGCUGUGAAGCGAAAGCUCUAGGCACUGUGAGGUGUGCAGGCGCGCAAUGCGGAUGUGUUUGUUGAAAUUGAGGUGACACGGAGAGGAAUAAAUAUUGGUGCGUCAGAGAACUGGCGGUUACUGUGGCUCUCGUGGUUAUGGUGGGUGGGGUAACACUGGUCUUUCUCAAGUUUAUCAGUAAAAAGCAGGGGUUGAGCGAGUCCACUGGGGAUGAUCAUGAGAGGGAUGAUGAUGUUUGCCUCAAAGAGUGGAGUGAUAUGCCCAGGCAUUUGCAGUUUAAUCCGCAUAUUAGGACGGGGUACAGACCUCUCACCGACUUCAGCGGGUGCCUUAGGAGCCUUUUCUAUAUUCAUAAUGAGACGGUUAAUAUCAUGACCCAUGGUUUCGCCAUUCUCUGCAUCCUGAUAACGGUCCCUUAUUGUCUGCCGUGGAGCGACGAAGGUGCCUUUUAUGGAUUUCUAUCGUGGUGUCAUCUCAUCGGAGCCGCCAGCCCCUGGCUCGGAUCGUUUUUAUAUCAUUUGUUCAUGAACCUGAAUCAUGGAGAGGCCGUUUAUCGGAGACUACUCAAGCUGGAUAUGCUGGGAAUCUGGGUUGUCCAGAGUAUUGGUGCAAUGCCGUUCAUAUCAGCCUCUAUCCAUUGUCUUCCUGGACCACUGUGGCACGCCUGCAUGGCUCUGUACGUCUUCUUGAGCCUGUGGGGCCUCGCGAAGGCAAUGAGGGCCACGUCACCUUGGGAAAGAAGAUUAUGCUUCUCACCGCCGUUCAUGAUGAGGAUGAUAUUCCUGACCCUCAGGUGUUUCCGGAUUGGCGGAGGUAAUCCUGACGCACUCAAGCACGUUGUUCUCCAGGAUUUAGUUGCAGUGAUAGGUGGUACAAUAGGAGCCCUUCGAAUUCCGGAGAAGUGGCUGCCAGGUCAGGUGGACCUUGCCCUGAAUUCUCACAACAUAAUGCACGUGAUUGUGGUUCUGGCAGUGUGGUCAAUGCACUCAGCCACCAUUCAGGACCUGCAUUGGAUGACAGAUCCAUCUGCCUGUCAAGUUAUCCCCUCAUCUCCCCGCCACGACGAGCUCUAACUCUCAUUCAAGAUUUUUUUUCUCCAUCGUAAGAGGGAAAUCAACAUUCGGGAUCAUAUUAGAAACUGUGAUUGGGAUAUCAAGCUCCAUGAUAUAUUUGAUAACUGUGAUUUUUCAAUGGGAAAUUCAUGACACGUGGAGAAUGACUCUCUUGUUGGGUCAAGCACAUCAAAAAUAUCUUUUAUUGUACAGAUUUAAUUCCUUGGAUCAAACCGACGUCGAUUAGUCGUCAUUUAGAGUCAGAGUUAGAUCGAAAACCAAAUAUUUGUUUUAUAUCUGAAUUUUGGGGGUAGAAUUUCUCAGAUUGGUCGAUUGAACUAGGUUUCGUUUUAUUUAUAGUCGAAAAAGUGUAAUGAUAGACUUGAUAAUGUUUACAUCGACUAGAAUUAGGCGAAAGAUUUACAAAAAUUCAUCUCCAUUGUUAUUAAUGGGACUGAGAACAUGAAUUUUUAGUCGUUUUUAUCAGUUAAUUUAAGUAGAUUCCUCAAGUUUUGUUGAAUACGAAGAAAUUGUGACGUGUUAUGAGUGAUUUUAUUUACAAUUCCCAGGGCAUUUCGCCCUGAAAACACUCAUUAUAGAGGUAAAUUCCCUAUUCAGUAGAUAUUUCAUGUUCGAUGUCCCCUCAAUCCCAUCAAUUACAAAUUAUUAAAAUUAAGAGUGUGAUUCAGUAAUAAUAGAAAUUCAUUGCUCUUAGAUAAUCAGGUGAUCGAAAAGUAUCGAAAAUUAUUUAAACGUUGAAUGAUUUGUCGUUUUACGAAAUUUAGAAGAUUUUAACAUUGUUACGAUUUAUCCUCCAUUGAUAAAUCUUUUCUACCUCGAAUAGUGCAUUUUUAACUGAAAACGUUAUUUCACCGCGAAAAUAAUUGGCUUCCAAAAUCCAUUGAAUCUAACUAUUUUCCAAUCAAUUGUCUUCAAGUAAAGCUUAUGAUAGUUGAAAUUUUUAU